AUGGUAUUCCAAAUUUAUAGAAUUUCAGAAGAUUCUAGAUCUUUGCUGAUUAGUGUUUUAGGAUCUUUCGAGAUAUUCUAA